AUGAACUUUAACAGGUUCAAUCCUUUGUCAAGUGACUUUGUUUAUGGUAAGUUGAACGUUAUUGAUUCAACUGCAACUACCACUGCCGCAAAAAACUUGAACCUCGACCAUAGCCAUAACCAUAAUCAGAUUCAGGAUCAAAACCAGAGCCAAGUAUCGACUCGAAAUAUUGCAAAAACACUACCUAGUCAUGAACCACCACUUCUAAUGAAUAGCAAUUCGGGCAAUGCUGAUUUGGGAGAUUGGGGAAUAGAUGAAGAUUAUACGCCUACAGUCGCAGCCACCACAUUUUCGGGUUUCUUAUCUCCCACAACUAGCUCACUAUCAUCAACUACAGGGCAUCAACAUCCACACGCCCAAACAAAUGCAAAUGCAAAUGCAAAUAAUAAUAAUAAUAAUGCUAGUUCCAAUACCAAUGCCAUCUCACACUCGCAAUCACAUUUAAAUACACUCUUGACAAACCUACCGGCUGAGCUGCUGAGGCACCCUCAACAAUUCUAUCAAACACAACAGCUUCAGCAUACAUACUAUAAUACACCUAAACAACCGAUAACCCGCCAAUUGUCUCUGCAGUACCUGAACGGAAGGAAUCCUCUUGAAGAUGAGCCAUAUUUGCCCCCGCAUCCACAAUACAUUACUAAUGGAAAAAGAAGGAAUUCUACAUCACUGAGUUCUUCUUUGAAAUUCCACCACUACUCCUACCAACAACAACAACAACAACAACAACAACAACAAGUGCAACGGCAGCUGCAGCUGCAGCUGCUGCACCACCAAGACCUAACGUGGGUCCAAAAUCAUGCACCUGGCUUGCUCGAGUACUGUCAAUGGGAGAAUAUCGUUAUUAUACCUACCACUGAGACAAUUACAAAGUAUAUUAAAAAAUAUCUAUCGAUGGAAAACACUUUUGAUCAAUUUUGGGAAAAGUUUAGGUAUAAUUUGAUCACCUCGCAUUUUCUUGAUGACACCAUGAGCAUAUCCAAGGAUAAUACUAAUGAGAAUGCUCUGCAUAGAGACAAGAAAUUAUUUAAAGAAAGAACAUUUCGCUUUCUAACGAAUGAUGACGGUACAAAAUUACACAUUUUAAAUACCUCAUACAAGAUGCUACAUAAUAAAAAGUUUUCAAAUUCAACAAGUAUUUUAUGUUUGAUAAACAUGAUCAUUUUUUUACUUAAGCAGCAACAAAAAAUGCUAAUCACGGAUGACAUUCAAUACAUGGCUCCAGAUUCUCAGUUCAAGCUAUUCAAAAUCAUUCUAAUACUUGCUUCGAAAGCUAUAAAAGUAAGAAAAUUUAGAGCAAUAUUAGAAACUAACAAAGCACUAAACGGACUUGAUGAGUUUUUUAAUGUGAAUCUUGUUUUGAAUAAAAAUUUAGUAUCAAAUUUGAUUGUAUUACGAAAUGAAUGUAAUGGCGUAUCAAUCUUGGAGGAAUCUAGCACAAAUCCCAUAGACGCGAGUAUACAAGAUCAAAGUUUUUACAGAAACACUCUAACAAUGCAGAGUUGCCUUUCAAUUUUGAAUCUUAAUUUAAGGUAUUUGAAUUCAAAGUUGAUGCCAAUAGUGGAUAGCGAUAUAUUUCAGCAAUAUUGCACUCUUCACAAUAUCAAUUUUGCAAUUUUGACAAAGGAAUCACCCGACGAAAUAUCUAUCGAACAUGAGAAAAGAACAAUGGAAGAUGAAGUAAACUUUAUUCUAUUUGGUAUCAACAAAUUUAACCAAUUGAGAAAAUUUUUCAUCUGUCAAUUACUCUCGCUAGGCGACAUAUCUAGUUCAAAUUUUUUCACAUUGACAUUAAUGGAUCAGUUUGGGAUGGCGAAUGAGCCUUUAAAUCAAAGUUUAAAACUUGUACAAAAAGUUCAGUUGCUUUAUAAACUGUUAUCGACUUUUAAUUCUGCGGCAUCUAGUUUGAAUAACUUGUUUGCAAUGGCGGGCACAAGAUCCAUAAAUACAGGAAACACCACCCAAAAGUUGUCUCAAAUAGACUAUGAUACUAUCUCGAUGUCUCUGAGUUUAUUUCAAUUUACCUUAAAAGUCCAAAGUCUUUCCAAUAGCCUAACGUACUUUAACAAGUACAAUGAAUCGCUUUCAAUGAACAAUAUCGACGAGCAGUUGGAAAAGCUUCUCAUAUUCAAAAAUUUUGGAAACGAUCUUAACCAACUAAAGUUGAUGCAUAAACAAACUUUGGCAGAACUCAACCAACAAGUCAACCCGGAUCUUAGCCAUACAAAUAUUUCAGCGGCAUCAGAAUGUUCGUCAUCGUCUCCAAGAUCGACUAUUAAUGGUAACUGCAGCAACUCAAACAAAGCUUUUCAUAUGAAAUCAUUUCACAAUGCUAAAAAAAGGUUUUCCUUGCCACCAUCUCAAGCGAUGGAGCAGAAUGCAGAAAAAUCAUUGCAAAAGAAACCUAAUGAUUCUUCCGCUGAUAAAGGAAAUAAAAAAUAUAAUCGACUUUCGACUGGGCUUCAACUUGGUCUUCUUACUGUUUACGAAGACGACAGCCGGCAUAAAAUUGAGAAUACAAAAAUCGGACACAAUUGCGAAAAGAGGAAUUCGUCAUCUUCGACAACUUCUGCUUCUGCAUCUGCCAGCUUACUUCCACCACCAAAAGUGUCGUAUGAUGACAACUAUAUCAAUAUACUUCCUUCAAACAAUCAGUUUGAGAGCUACAACAAAUCUACAUUAGAUCAACUUAACGCCGCUGUUUCCUGUCGGCGAAGUCACAACAUAAAAAGUAGUACAGGCAACAAUGGUGGUAGUGGUAGUAAUGAUGGUAUUAUAGCCACUUCGACUGUCGCUAGUGCUAAUGAUACUACCAAUACUACUAACAACAAUAAUAAUAAUGAUAAUAAUAAUAAUAAUAAUGAUAAUAACAAUAAGACCAAGAUUACAAAUAAUCACCAUACAGCAAAUGACUUGGCCAAUGUACGAAGCGGUAAUAGGUAUUCCAGCAUUGUUGCUAACAAUCGGUUUUCUUUAAACUCGGUGCAAAGCAAUGUGUCUGGAUUAAGUGAAUUAAUUUCUACUCGCUUGACAAAAUAUGCUGCAGAAGAAGAGGAUGAAAAUCAAGAGCAGAGUUAUACCAAGUCUAUGCCCCAACAUACGAUGAUGCUUCCCCAUCAAAAAUUGUUUGGUGAAAAGAACAAUAAUUUUAAUCCUGAAAACAAUUAUAAUCACGAUAUAGGUGUUGCUAAUGAAGUUGUGGAGGAUGACAGUGUUGAUAAAGGAAUGAGCAAAGAGGAGUUGCAAAUGAAGUUGGAGGCUAGUUUCAAUAAGAUUUACAAUUUGGAAAAUGAAAAUAGAAUGUUACGUGGUAAGGGUCCCGUGCAGCAUGAAGAUCAUAGUGCUGGUAGUAAUGGCGUUGCCACUGAUGGUAAUAAUGGCGUUGACACCAACGUUGACGCUGGUAAUGCGCCGGAGUCGAUAAGUAGCAUAACAGGUGGUGAGGAAAAGGAAAGUUUCACCGUGACCAUGCCAACUUCGUCUUUUUUGACCGACUUAGAACUGAAAUUAAAUCAAAAAACAUAG